UAUAGCCGCGGGCGGUGUUUUGAUUGGCUGCUUCGCCGUCCGGGGGCUGGGGCAGAGAAGAGACUGACUGACUGGCAGGAGCUCGUGGCCACGCCCCUCCCGGUCUCCCUCCUUGUCCCCCCCCUCAGCUUUUGGCAUUAUUGGAGCGCGAGGCCCGCACAGUCUCGGCCUGGCUUGGAGGGUUUUUCUGCCCACUGAGACUUCUCUUCAAAAGUUCUGUGAAAGUGGGAAAGAGACUCAUUCAAGAGAAUGAGUGAACUGGAGCAGUUACGGCAGGAGGCAGAGCAACUCCGGAAUCAGAUAAGAGAUGCUAGAAAAGCAUGUAGUGAUACAACUCUUGCUCAGAUCACUACAAGUCUUGACUCAGUUGGCCGAAUCCAGAUGCGCACAAGACGUACCUUGAGAGGCCAUUUAGCUAAAAUAUAUGCCAUGCACUGGGGAUCUGAUUCAAGGCUACUAGUGAGCGCUUCCCAAGAUGGAAAAUUAAUUAUUUGGGAUAGUUACACAACAAACAAGAUGCAUGCCAUACCUUUAAGGUCUUCCUGGGUAAUGACCUGUGCAUACGCACCAUCUGGCAAUUACGUCGCAUGUGGUGGAUUGGACAACAUCUGCUCUAUAUACAACCUGAAGACGAGAGAGGGCAAUGUACGAGUGAGCAGAGAGCUACCCGGCCAUACUGGGUAUUUGUCUUGUUGUCGCUUUCUAGAUGACAACCAAAUAGUCACAAGCUCAGGAGAUACUACCUGUGCUCUAUGGGAUAUUGAGACUGGCCAGCAGACUACUGCUUUUACUGGGCAUACUGGAGAUGUAAUGAGUCUCUCUCUAAGUCCAGACAUGAGUACUUUUGUUUCGGGUGCCUGUGAUGCAUCAUCCAAGCUCUGGGAUAUUCGAGAUGGAAUGUGCAGGCAAUCUUUCACAGGACAUGUGUCUGACAUCAAUGCAGUGUGUUUCUUCCCCAACGGCCAUGCAUUUGCCACUGGUUCUGAUGAUGCCACCUGCCGGCUGUUCGAUCUGCGAGCAGACCAGGAGCUCAUGAUGUACUCUCAUGACAACAUCAUCUGUGGGAUCACGUCAGUAGCUUUCUCAAAGAGCGGCCGCCUCUUGUUGGCAGGUUAUGAUGACUUCAACUGCAAUGUUUGGGACACCCUGAAGGGAGAACGUGCAGGUGUUCUUGCUGGCCAUGACAACAGAGUCAGCUGCUUAGGAGUUACUGAUGAUGGCAUGGCUGUAGCUACAGGCUCAUGGGACAGUUUUCUUAGAAUCUGGAAUUAAAUCUGGCAACCCUCUCUCUCUUUCUCUUUCACUCUCUUACACACGCAUGCGCACGAACACACACACACACACACACACACACACCCCUUCUCCACUGAGAUCUGGAGAGAUCAAUGCUGCAGCCUAUUGCUGUGAAAUAACAUUUCUACCUUGUAUUUACAGGUGAAGUUUUUCUAUUCACUGAUUUAUUGCAUAAAUAGGCUUUCUGUAAAUGAAGUAUUAAAAAUAUUCAAGUGAAGUGGUGGGUGGGAGAAAUUGGUGACUGAAGGGUAGGGAGGGGGCACAUAACAUUCAUGGUGACAGAAGCUAAAAGAGCCAGUCUACCUUGUGUUUGGUUUGGCUGUAUUUCCUGGAGGGAUUUCUGCUUGUACCCAGUCCUGCUAAUUCUGUAUCUUUUUGUACAUAACUGAAUAUACACAUAGCAGCCAAUCAUGUAACAUUUUGUCUGUAAGUAAAGAAAUAAUGUUUCCCUUUUUUAAAGAAACUGCAUUUAUAUAGCUCUACAUUUAAUCUGAGAUGUCUCUCCUGAGUUCUGCAGCAGAUCAGCUAGAUUGCUGUUUUGAUAUGGCUUUUUUUUCCAGGUGACUUUACUGUAGAUAAAAUGUGAUGUCAUUGAGUUGUUUGUGGAUUUUAUAACAGAAAGUGUUUGAAUUAC